UUCGGAGCUUUAGAAAAAGCCGCUCUCCAAUGGGUUCUCAGUAUUCCUUCUCAUUUUCACCUUUCUCUCUCUUCCAUUUUCACACACUGUUUUUUCGCUUCUUUUCUCUCUCUCUCUCUCUUGUUGUAAGGUCGGCUAUGGCCACGGAGGAGGAACGAAGACAGGAAGCAGAACAAGAAUGCCUUUACAAGACAAAAGUCGUACAGUUCUUGGGGCGCACGACACCCAUCAUUCUUCAGAACGACAAUGGCCCUUGCCCACUCCUCGCUAUAUGUAACAUUCUUCUUCUAAGGAACAACUUGAAUUUGAAUGUGGAUGCUUCUGAAGUCUCAUUACAGAAAUUGCUUUCUCUUGUCGCGGAAAGAUUGAUUGAUUUUAACAGCAAUGUUGAGAAUAAAGAUGCUGGAUAUGUUGAGAACCAGCAACAGAACAUAGCGGAUGCCAUUGACCUGCUCCCUCGACUUGCAACAGGGAUUGAUGUAAACGUUCAAUUUAGGAGAAUUGACGACUUUGAAUUUACACGUGAGUGCGCCAUAUUUGAUCUCCUGGACAUUCCACUAUAUCAUGGUUGGAUUGUUGAUCCCCAGGAUUGUGCCACUGCGAAUGCAAUUGGAUCCAAGUCCUAUAACACUCUUAUGGGGGAGCUUGUUGCCCUUGAAACAAAAAAUUCAGAACAUAAGAGCAACUCUGAAGAAGAUUCUAUUGAUUUUGCUGCUGCGACGGCUGCAACUUUAGGUGUUCCCUCACCAUCUCUUUCAAGAGGUAGAUCUUUUGAUGAAUCACUGUGUGCUGUAUCUGGCCAUCAGGAAGGAAAAAAGGGAGACUUAGAGGAACAAGCAGAACUGUUAAGAGCCUUGCAAUUGUCAGAAGCUGAAGUGCUGACUUCAAUGGAUGAGUCUCCAUCAGCUGAUACAAGUGGGGGUAAUAGGUCUGCAAAUGUAGAAGAGACUGAGCAUCAUCACAGUAAUGGGUCAGAGUUCCUUGCAGAUGCUUUAGUGAGGCACAUUAGUGAUGAACAUGAAGUUAAAAGUGGGGGUAAUAGGUCUGAAAUUUUAGAAGAGACCGAGCAUCUUCAAAGUAAUGGGUCAGAGUUCCUUGCAGAUGCUUUGGAGAGGCACUCCAAUGAUGAACAUGAAGUACACCAUCUGUCAAAACCUUCCAUAUCACGAGGUCCUACUGCCUUUUGUGGUGGCAAUGAUAUUGUGAUAUCUUCUGAAAGUACUUUGAAGGAAAAUGAUUCAUGCUCAAAGAUUGAAGCUGGGAUUCAUGUUGAUCAUUUAAAGAAUUAUGGAUCUCAGGAACAUUUUAUUUCUACUGACUUGAUGGAGAACAUUGGAACUGACAUAUUGGUUCAUAACCGAAGUGAACCUUUCCAUUAUCUAGACCAAGAUUUCUCCUCUCCCUCAAAAGACCAUAUGCAUGGCUCUGAAAGGGAUCCUCAAGUUGAACAAACAUGCUUAUUGGAUACUUCCAUGUCUGAAAUUCAUCAUGAACCAGCAAAUAAUCUUGGUGUUUGUGAAACUACAGCAUCUACUUGUGCAUCUACCUCAAAUCCUGAGUCUGGUGAAUUUAGUGGCAGUAGUCCGCACAUAGAUCAAGCCAAGAGUGUUGCCUCGAGCCUUGAAGGAAGUGAACCCAUAUAUGAAGGAGAGGAGUGCGUACUUGACUCAGGAUUAACAGUUUAUGAAAAUAGGGAGCCUAUGUAUGAAGGUGAGAUGGUUCUUGCUGAGCAAGCUGACAAUGGUGCUGGAGAUGGAAAUGGCAUGCAUCCCGGGGAAAAAAUCACUCAACAGAAAGGGGAAAUUAUCAAGAAUUUUCUGAGGAACAGUGCCAGCCAAUUAACCAUAUAUGGCCUCUUUUGCCUACAGGAAGGUCUAAAGGAACGGGAGCUUUGUGUUUUCUUCCGGAAUAAUCACUUCAGCACCAUGUUCAAGUUUAAUGGUGAACUUUAUCUCUUAGCCACUGAUCAAGGUUACAUAAACCAGCCUGAUUUAGUAUGGGAAAAAUUAAAUGAGGUAAAUGGAGAUACAAUGUUUAUGACAGGCAACUUCAAGGAAUUUAAAGUUGAAAAUCAUUUCAAUAACCAAUGGGAUGAGCAAAAUGCGGUGGCCAGUGCUGCUGACUACAUUGCAAGCAUUGAUAAUUCAGUGACCGCGGGUUUGACUUUAAACUCCGACCUGCAACUGGCAAUAGCACUACAACAACAGGAAUUUGAGCAGCAGCCUCAACGGCAGAACACAAAACAACCAGCCACCAGCAGUUCAAGGCUUGUCACAGGUCCACAGGUGCCAAAGAGCAGUGGCAGCUAUUCAUCUUCAAAGCAGGAAGCAAAGUCAAAAGACAAGUGUAUCGUGAUGUAAAAUUAGCCAAGAGUUGUCACAAUGUACUGUAAAUGGUGUAAUUUGUUCUAAUUUGAUUUGCAUAACAGAAAUCAACGUGAUUUUCAAUCUUGGAUUAGAGGGGAUUUUUUUUUUUUUUAAAUGUAUAUAAGAAUUUGUGUGUAUAUAGGGAGGAUCCAAAUUGCUGCA